CUCCCUGCCUCUCUGCUACAGGAGACCAGGCCCGCUUUGCUCGCCAUGGAGAAGGCUAGAUGAGGAAAAAGAGACAGCAGCUUGCCCGGGUCACCUCCAACAUGAAGAUUCCAGCCAUGAUGUCUCUCUUCCUGGUGUCUGUGGGCCUCAGGGAUGGACUUCAGGUUCAAAGUCACUCCAUGACACAACUAGACAUCUUUUCUCAAGAAACACCCCUGGACAUGGCCCCAGCGUCCUUUGAUGACCAGUAUGUUGGCUGUGCAACAGACAUGAUAGCGGCUCUGGCUGACCUCAACCACUCAGAGUUCCAGACCAACAAAGUGUACGCGAAUGGUUGGGCUCUGGCCAACACCCAGUGGCAGGAGCGCAGGGCCUGGGAGUCAGCUUGGGACCUCAGCCCAACUCUUUUCCCCCCACCACCCCCGGGCUUCAGGGAUGAGCACGCAGUGGCGCUCCUGGCCUACACUGCCAACAGCCCCCUGCACAAGGAGUUCAACGCGGCUGUGCGCGAGGCCGGCCGCUCCCGGGCCCACUACCUCCACCACUUCUCCUUCAAGACCCUCCACUUCCUGCUCACCGAGGCCCUGCAGCUGCUCGGGAGCCAGCGAUCUCGUGGGUGCCGGCAGGUGUACAGGGGGGUGCAUGGACUGCACUUCCGGCCAGCCGGGCCCGGCGCCACCGUCAGGCUGGGGGGCUUUGCUUCUGCGUCCCUCAAGAACGUUGCCGCCCAGCAAUUUGGCGAGGACACCUUCUUUGGUAUCUGGACCUGCCUCGGGGCCCCGAUUGGGGGUUACUCCUUUUUCCCUGGCGAGGAGGAGGUGCUGAUCCCCCCUUUUGAGACUUUCCAGGUGAUUAAUUCCAGCCGACCUGCCCAAGGUCCCGCACGCAUCUAUCUUCGCGCUCUGGGCAAACGCAGCACAUACAACUGCGAAUACAUCAAAGAAAAGAAGUGCAGAUCUGGACCCUGCAGGCUGGAUAGCUCAGCUCCAGGCUCCGUCUCUGCCUCCUGUUCUCUCCUGCUGCUGCUCUUGUUCCUUGUGCUGAGGGACCAUCCAUAGAACCCAGGCCUCCUGUGACGUACCAGAUGUUGACCUGCCCUGCCUGUGCACUUUAACUAUAUCAGGAUCAUGGUGAAUCAGUCUCUGCAGGGAAGUCUGGGCCUUCUAUGGCAAUGACCUUGCAGAGGUAUUGGCAGUAGAGACACAGAAGAGGAUUUGCUCCUACAACCUUGCUCAGGCUGUGGGAGCAGGAUGAACUGAGGUCAGAAGACUCUAGGGUAGGAUAGGCAGAGACUCAUUUAGAACCUGAAGACAUCAAUUCCUUGUUGGUGAUGAUGGGGGAGAAUACCUGGCCAUGGGCCGUGCAGGGGUCACUUAAAUGUCCCUCAUGUCUACCUGGAAAGUUCUUGUUCACCCCCCUGCCACCUGGCUAGUUAGAGUACCUGCCUUUCUAUUCUAUUCCUGGUGGCCCCUGAGUAUUCCCAGGUCAAGCUGUGAG